UUCUUGCUUUCAGAUAUCAUCUGUACUGUAAUCCUGAAUAAAAUCUUUGCAUUGCUCGAAAUUAUGGCAACAGUAAUUGCAGAAGUGUAGUUGCGUGAAUCUUAAUAAUAUCCGUUAAUUCAGAGGACAGCCUUUCACGUUUGGUCAAUAAGUCCGUGACUUAACUUUGUACUCCAUCUUAGAUUGGAGAUAUUGAAAUGCAAGUGAAGCGGAAUUUAGGGGCCACAAAAGAAGCUUUCGCUUCCAUUCCUUCGCCCACAACACCACCGCCUAUCCCAACUGAACCAAUGGAGAACUCAGGUGCAGUUGUUCCACCACCAAAACCUUCUCCAGAGAAGACAAGUCCAUUUACAAAUUUCUCAUUUGGAAAAUCUUCAAAGUUGGCAGCUUUGGAAGCACCAGGAUCAAGUGGAUAUGUUCUAGUAUCUUCUCCAACGGUUGGUUCAUUCCGACGGGGGAGAACAUUGAAAGGGAAAAAGCAGCCUCCUAGUUGUAAAGAGGGUGAUGUAAUUAAGGAAGGACAGGUGAUAGGAUGGUUGGAUCAAUUUGGAACUGAACUUCCAGUCAAGUCAGAUGUGUCUGGAGAAGUUCUCAAGCUCCUAGUUAAUGAUGGAGAACCUGUUGGUUACGGAGAUCCUCUCAUUGCUGUCCUGCCAGCAUUUCAUAGUAUCAAUAUCAUGUGAGCCCGGCGUGCAAUCCACUGUUGUGUUUCACACACCAUUUUAAAGAAGGGAUUGCAGUUUCUUUCCUCUCUGGUCCCAUUAUUCUUUGCAUCAUUUCAGUGUUAUGAUGUAGCUGGCGACAUGUGAUUUUUUUUUUCUCCACAUGCUUUAAAUCAGUCUUAAUUGCUAAAGAUCCAGAAAUAUUCAGUAGGCCUGAAGAAUUUGAGAUGGUAAAUGUCCUUGUGGUACAUUAGACUAGUAUCGAUGUUCCUCACGGAGAUCGUGGCUGCUGUUUUAGCCAGAUUCCAAAUGAAGUAUGACUAUCCAAGUUCACUUUC